AUGGUAACUCCUCUCACACAGCCUAUCGUGUUCGAGCUGGAGGGCUUCUAUGUACCACCAGGCUACGGCGCCUUCUUCUUCUUCCUGGCUCUGCUUAACUACAUGGUCAUGCUGUUGGGAUACUGGUGUGCGGUGCUGCCUCGCCUCAUGAUACACUUCUUGACGGGCCAGAAGAAAAUCGCCUACAUCCCAGCCAUCGCCCAGGCCUUCUCUGUGCACACGUACGGUGUCGCGGCGCAGACUAUUCUGGGAGUGAUGGCCUAUGACAGGUAUAUUGCUGUGUGUGAACCACUCAGGUAUCACGCCAUCAUGACAUCGGCUCGGCUGCACUCCUGUUGCGCCCUGGCCUGGUUCAUCGCUCUGCUGUUAAUUGGUGUGCUCUUCUCCUGGCACGUUGAUACCCCGCUGUGUGGCAAUACCAUCCAACACAUCUACUGCAGCAACCGUGGUAUCCUAGGCCUGGCCUGCAGUCCCACCCCUGUAAACAACAUUUAUGGUCUCGCCAUGUCCUGGUUUCUGAGUACAAGCAUCUUCCUGGUCAUUGCUUUUUCCUACUGUAGAAUCCUGCAUGCUUCUGUAAAACGAGGCAGAGCUGACAGCACCAUCCGAAGUAAGGCCUUUCAGACGUGUGCAUCGCACCUUGUUGUGUAUGUGCUCUACGAAAUAUCUUCACUGGUCGUAAUUGUGAGUCAAAGGUUCCCUUCUAUCUCGCAAAAUAUCAAGAAGUUCUUCAGCAUCCUUUUCACCAUCAUCCCACCAGUCAUUAACCCCAUUAUCUAUGGAUUGACUCAAAGGCUCCAAGUGAAACAGCUGGCAUCGUGA